AUGUCCCCGCAGCCCAACGUUCCAAACCCUCUCACAAAAUACACAAUGACUACCCCCACCAACAUCCCCAUAAAUUUCACCCUCGACACAAUCUGCCCCUGGACCUACCUCGCCAAACGGCGCCUAACCAAAGCCCUCUCCCUCCUCCUUCCCACCCCCACAACCUUCACCACAAUCUACAAACCCUACCAACUCUACCCCUCCGCCUCCCAAGCCGGCGAGGACAAAUACGUCUGGUACAAAACCAUGCGCUACGGCGACAGCGACGAGAAAAUGAACAUGUACACUUCCUUAAUGUCGAGCUACGGCGCCGCGGAGGGGAUAAAAUAUAAGUUCGGGGGUGUCGUGGCGAAUACGUUGCACGCGCAUAGGUGCAUAGGGCAUUGGCAGGAGGUUAAAGGGGCGGAGGUGGUGGAUAGGUUUGUGGAGAGUUUGUAUCGGCAGUAUUUCGAGGAGGAGAGGCAUCCGUCUUCGCAUGAGACGUUGGUGCGGGCGGCGGUGGAGGCGGGGGUGGAUGAGGGGGAGGCGAGGGCGUUUGUGGAGGAUGAGGAGGAGGGGUUGAUGGAGACGAAGAUGGCGAUCAGGGAACAGGCGGGGAAUCAGGUGGAUUCGGUGCCGUAUAUUGUGAUUGAGGGCAAGAGGAGGGAUUAUACGAUUGAGGGUUGUAGAGAGGUCGAUGAGUAUGUUGCUACGCUGAAGCGCGUAAUCAAAGAGUCUUCAUGA